CACAGCUUCUUUUUAUUUUGUUAAGCCCGAAUAACACCAACACACACAAACACACACACACGGGCCGAAAGAUUAAACGCGUUAGAAGAAAGCAGAAAUAUGCAUGUUCUUCUUCCUACAGUGAUGUUCAAACAAAAUGAUGGAAAGGUGAAAUGGCAUACAGUAUCACAGAGAAUGUGAUACAUGCAUACGAGGCUAUUCUUGAACAGUCAAAAUUGGAGGCUUAUUUCAGACAUCACUUGGCACCCAGUAGCAAGGAAGAGGAAGAGGGCAUAUCAGAGGAAGAAGAGUCAAGUGAAACAGAUUCAAGCAAUGCAGAGGAAGGAGGGGAAGAUCAAAAUGAACCAGAGGAUGGCACAGGCUGGAGCAAUGACGAGCUGAACCUAUUCUUCAUCAGUCUAGAACGAAGGAGUAGGCUACGAUGUGAUUUGAUUGCAGAAGAUUUGGGCGGUCGCAAAUCCAUCAGUCAAAUCGCACAUCUCAUUCAUCUUUUCGAACAACAAAAGCAUGAUCAAAAAGCUGAAAGGAAUGCAUUGAGAAGGAUAGAAAUGAUUCCGAUCGCAAUCGAAGUAUCGAAAGAAUGGGAUGAAAUUGAGCAAGCCAUCUCAUCACGCUUGCAGAAUUGGGAGGAAACUAAACUUCAAAAACUUGGUGAUCAAUCUGCCGAAUGCGAUUGGGAUACGCAAGUAUUGCACAGCAUCCUCUUCUUACGGCAUACACAUCGUCUGGAUCCUUCACAGAAUGCACCGAACCUCGUCAUAGAACAAUCUUCAUCUUCGAAAGAGGGGAACAAGAUCUUCUCAUUUACCAUUUCAGAUGUUGUCGGAUUGCUUCGUUAUACCAGACUACCAAACAAGGUAAAUGGACUUGCAUUCCGAUCGUUCGGCAAAGAUCAUUGUGUCCCAAUCAUCAACACUCGGGGUGAAUCGGAUCAAAAAGCAUGGGAAAUCGUCUUACGUUCCAUUCAAUUGGGAUUUCUGGUGCCGAUCAAUGCCAGACGAGGAAAAAAGAAAACGCAUGGACAACUCCGAGCCAGUCUGGACGAACAGAGCGACCUAGUGUCAGAUGCUACUGUUGAAUCUUUGCAGGGAUCACCAGAGCAAAGGCUGGUCUGGUGGGACAGUUUGCCAAAUACCCAAGAUCUUGAAACUCUUACAAGAAGGCUGGAUGACACACGAGAAUCAGCGCUUCAUCAAUUACUGCGCUCUCUUAAACAGAGGGAAUGGAAGCAGAUUAUGGCAAUGAUGUACGUCAAGGCAGCCAAUGAGGAUGACGAAAAAGGGACUGGAAAAAAGCACCCUUUGACAGAUGAUGACCACGACGAAAAUAUUCCAGCAAAAAGACGAAAAAUCAUAACGGGAGAAAGGAGUGUGACCACGGAUUUGGAUACAUGGGCUAAACGAAUGGCACGCUUUGAUAGAAUCGGGGUCAACAAAGAUGCUCUGCUGACUUUUCUUGAGCCUCGUCUCAACUUUGAGGAUCAAAGUUUGUUCAAUGCAAAAGGGGUGGAAUACAUCUUGAAAUGGGUUGAACCGGAACAGGAAUCAUCUUCGGUAGAAAAGGUUUCGAUAUACAUCUUUGACCUUUUGGCUGUUUGUUUGCGAAACUUCCUUAAUUGUAUUAUGGAACACAUCACAGAUCAGAUUUCGCACUCGUUACGACCGGAGUUGAAACAAGCUGCGGUUGAGAUCACAGAAGAAGACAUCCUGAAAGCUGUGGCGCUUUUCGUUCGUCCAAUUGACGAUGAAGACGACAAUGAAGACGAUCACAUAGAUGACGACUCAAGUGACAAUUCUGAUAGCGACUCAGAUGACGAUUUCGAUCCGAACCUAGUCAACCUUGAUGUGUUCGAUCCGAGCCUUUUAGAUGGGAUGCAUGAUUCUCUACCUUCAGCACACAUUCAAGCAUUGAUGAACUUGAACGACAAACAGUGCACAGAUGCAUACGAGAGAAAAUGCAAUCAUAUAUCGGGCUUGAACAGUGCUCCGGCAUCACGGCAAUGUACAGAUGCUGCAGAGCAAAACGACCUUUCUGAAUCUGAAUCUGAAUCGGCAAAAAACAUAAGAGAGGCAAAGGAAAUAAAUGAAGAAAUGAAUGAUAUGAAACGAUCAAGGAUGGGCGAGGAAGUUCUCUGGUCUCGACUUAAUUUGGACAUGCCAGAAACGCUGUCAUAUGACAGUCAAGGGGAAGGUGAAACUAUAGACGAAUCCAGUACGGCGACCGAAGACGAAGAAGAGGAAAGAGAUAGCCAUAGCCAUAGCGACAGCAGCUCCUCGACAAGUGAUUAAAGCACAUUUGAAGUCUAUUGUCUUUUGUAUUAUAUCAGUGUACUGUACUUUUAUCUCUAUCCGCACCCACUCAAAGCUAAUCACAUCAUGUUGAAAUAAUAUAUAAUGAAUCUCAGAUAUGCAUGCCAAUU